CGCCGCCGCCGCCGCCGCCGCGGGUCCGAGGGCGCCGCGCCCUUGCCCUGGGCCCGGCCCGCCCGCCCCGCCCGCGCCCCGCGCCCCGCGCCGCCCGCCGGGUGCAUGCAUUGUGAGCCCGACAUGGUCUGCGAGACGAAGAUCGUGGCCGCCGAGGACCAUGAGGCGCUGCCGGGGGCCAAGAAGGACGCGCUGCUCGCCGCCGCCAUGUGGCCCCCGCUGCCCGCCGCGCCCCCGCCCGAGCCGCAGCCGGAGCCGCAGCCGCAGCCCCCGGGCGGCGCGGGGGGCGCGGGGCCCCCGGAGGGGCGCGGCGUGCACAUCCGCGAGUUCCGCGCGGCCGAGCAGGAGGCGGCGUGCCGCAUCUUCUACGACGGCAUCAUGGAGCGCAUCCCCAACACGGCCUUCCGCGGCCUGCGGCAGCACCCGCGCGCGCAGCUGCUCUGCGCCCUGCUGGCCGUGCUCUGUUGGGCCCUCACGGGCUCGCUGCUGCUGACCUGCCUGGUGCCGGCGGGGCUGCUGGCGCUGCGCUACUACUACAGCCGGAAGGUGGUCCUCGCCUACCUGGACUGCGCCCUGCACACGGACAUGGCCGACAUCGAGCAGUACUACAUGAAGCCGCCAGGCUCCUGCUUCUGGGUGGCCGUGCUGGAUGGCAACGUGGUGGGCAUCGUGGCGGCGCGGGCCCACGAGGCGGACAACACCUUGGAGCUGCUGCGCAUGUCCGUGGACUCGCGCUUCCGCGGCAAGGGCAUCGCCAAGGCGCUGGGCCGCAAGGUGCUGGAGUUCGCCGUGGUGCACAACUACUCCGCCGUGGUGCUGGGGACGACGGCCGUCAAGGUGGCCGCCCACAAGCUCUACGAGUCGCUGGGCUUCAGACACAUGGGCUGCAGUGACCACUACGUGCUGCCCGGCAUGACCCUCUCGCUGGCCGAGCGCCUCUUCUUCCAGGUCCGCUACCACCGCUACCGCCUGCAGCUGCGCGAGGAGUGACCGCUGCCCGCCCGCCGCCCGCCCGCUGCCCGCACCCGCCCGCCCCCACCCGGGCCCGCUUGCAGGCGCUCGCCUUGGCGUUGCUGUUGGGUUUUUCCUUCUUCAACAUCACGUGGUUCUCUGGCUGGUUCUUGGGGGGGCGGGGCUCUUGCUCGUCCAUGACACUUCGGGGGGUGGGUCGUUUGCAGCCAUGGCCCCCUGCCCGUCCAUCCUGCUGGGACCACGCCCUGAAGAGUGACAGCAUGGACCACCGCAGGCCCACGCCGCUGCCCGGCCCUGGUGGCAGGGCUCCUGGCCCACAGCCGUCAGCCCCAGCCCAGCCUUGCCCACCAAGCACAGAACCUCUGUAGUGAGGCCCUUGCCCAGCAGAUCGCUGGCCGCCGGCCUGGCUCUGGCUCAGCCAUGGGUCCCCAGGAGGCGUGGCCUGCUGGGCCGGCGGCCACUGCCCCUCAGGCCUCCGCUCUGUGCAUGCUGAGCACGUGGCUGGCUGCAGCAUGCCGCAUGCCCACAGCUCCCGCCCACCCGGCUGCCUGCCCGUGGGGCCCAGACUGGGGAGCGUCCCUGCCCGCCUGGAGCCAGCCCCGGAGCCACCUGCUUGCAGGAGGCCUGUCUCAAGAGCCCUCGCUUCACCUGGUUCCGCUUCGCUUUGACACCCAAUCGCCUUUCCCUUUGGUCCCCACCCCUCCCCUGCCCAGGCUUUGCUGAUUGGCGUCAUCACCGGGUGUGGUUCCCAUAGCAACCUGCUGCACAGCCUGGGUCAGAGCCCUGCAGGGGAGCAGGGUGGGGAGGCCCCCCCUCGCCCCCCCAGACCUGGCCUCAGCCUGCCUUGUGAAUACGAGCCCAGCCGCUGCCACCACCACAGCCCACAGCUUCCCCUCGCCUGGAACCGACCUGUUUUUUAAUAAGUUACUUAGACAGAAUAGCACUCUGCAUGCCUGUAAUUCCCGGGACAGAACGGUAGCUGACGCUCACACGCGCCUGUGUGGUCUAGAAUGGGCGCUGUUUCCUGCCCAGCUUGGUCCGGGUGGGUGGAGGGUUUCCAAACUCGGCAUCGGGAGGGAGCUCCUGAUGAGCAGCAUUCCCCCAAAGAGCAUUCCUAGUUGGUGAGGAGGCCGAGGCCCCUGCCCAGCUCCGAUGUGCCGCUGCCUUUGGGAGGGACCAGUGGGCCCUCCGUCCAGCUUGGCUGGGGGCCUGGACGCUGGCGCUGCCCGGCCUCCUGAGGUUGGGGCUGGGGCCGUCGGGCAGGGUGGCCCGGGCGGGGACGAGCAGGUGGUCGGCAGUGGCCGCACGUCCAGCUGCGAGCCUGGACCCGCCGCCGAGAGCCCUUCACUGGGGCUGGGAGGAAGGAACCCGCGUGGGCCGCGGAGGGGGCGUUCCUGAAGGGGCUUUGGGAGCGAGCAAGCGAGCAGGGUGCCCGGUUUCCCCGGUGCCUGCGUGCUGUGGCGUGAGGCGUUGGCGGAGCACUGUACAGACCCCGCUCUCCCCUGUACAUACCCCGGAGGCCGGCCCCGCUCGGGGUGGGAGUUUUGUAGACUGUACAGAAAUCGGCACCCUAUUUUCUUGCAGCUCAGAUUUUGUUAACCUGGAUUAUACAGACAGACGUAAAGCGUUUUAGCAAAAUGGAAAA